AUGAUAGAGGCGUUGGAAAUAGUUCUAUUGCUCGUUAUACAAUCACUUCAAUAUAUCUGUCGCACAUGCAUAGCUUUUUUGCUAAUACCAUUCUUAGGCCUGUAUGCAUUCGAUCUCUUCCUAUACGUUUAUCGGAUGAUACUUUAUCUGUCACAAAUGUUCAAUUACAAGAGAAAACUAGGACGUUCUAAAACAAAUAAUAGGCCGCAUAGUCCCAGGCUACAUAAGAUAUACAGUAGUGGGGAUUGCAUGGAUACCUUAAUUGGCCAAGUAAGGGAUUUGAGAGUAUUUUUGUUAUCCACGAUCCACAGCCACUCUAAAAGAUUCUUUUCUACGAGAUUUCAGACAAAAUCAGGCAUUAACUCUGCUAUUGACGCGAAUGAUGUUGAAACAACAUCUGACGUAUCUAGUUUUACAAAUUUACAUUUAACAAGGUCAUCGGAAGAAGGUUAUUAUAUCGCAGGAUCGAUAUAA